GGCAGACUGGCCCUUAGCGGGACCCGCCCUGAGCAGCCACUCCAAGGCCGUCCACGAGCGGGAAGCUCACCAUGCAGCCGUGGCUCUGGCAGGCACUCCUGGCAUUGCUCCUCGCCACCCUCCUGACACAAGGAGAAGCCAGGCAGAGAGCAGGUGCCCAGGCCUGGAACAGCAGCAGGCCGGCUCUGCUGAGGCUGUCAGAUCACCUGCUGGGCAAUUAUAAGAAGAGCGUGCGGCCCGUGCGGGACUGGAGGAAGCCCACCACCGUAUCCAUUGAUGUCAUUAUCUAUGCCAUCCUCAGUGUGGAUGAGAAGAACCAGGUGCUGACCACCUACAUCUGGUACCGGCAGUGCUGGACAGAUGAGUUUCUCCAGUGGAACCCGGAGGACUUUGACAACAUCACCAAGUUGUCCAUCCCCACCGACAGCAUCUGGAUCCCAGACAUUCUCAUCAAUGAGUUUGUGGACGUGGGGAAGUCUCCCAACAUCCCGUACGUGUAUGUUCAGCAUCAGGGUGAGGUCCAGAACUACAAGCCCCUGCAGGUGGUGACCGCCUGCAGCCUCGACAUCUACAACUUCCCCUUCGACGUGCAGAACUGCUCGCUGACCUUCACCAGCUGGCUGCACACCAUCCAGGACAUCAACAUCACCUUGUGGCGCUUGCCAGAGAAAGUGAAGUCUGACAAGAGCGUCUUCAUGAACCAGGGCGAGUGGGAGCUGCUCGGCGUGCUGACCCAGUACCGGAGGUUCAGCAUGGAGAGUAGCGACUGCUACGCAGAAAUGAAGUUUUAUGUGGUCAUCCGCCGGCGGCCCCUGUUUUAUGCGGUCAGCCUGCUGCUGCCUAGUAUCUUUCUCAUGGUCAUGGACAUCGUGGGCUUCUACCUGCCCCCGGACAGCGGUGAGAGGGUCUCCUUCAAGAUCACGCUGCUCCUGGGCUACUCCGUCUUCCUGAUCAUUGUGUCCGACACGCUGCCUGCCACGGCCAUCGGUACUCCUCUCAUUGGUGUCUACUUUGUGGUGUGCAUGGCUCUGCUGGUGAUAAGCUUGGCUGAGACCAUCCUCAUCGUGCGGCUGGUGCACAAGCAAGACCUGCAGCAGCCUGUGCCCCCCUGGCUGCGGCGCCUGGUUCUGGAGAGAAUCGCCCGGCUGCUUUGCCUCCAGGAACAGGUGCCUUCUCAAAGGCUCCCGGCCACCGCCCAGCCCACCAAGGCAGAUGAUUGCUCAGCUAUGGGAAAUCACUGCAACCACCCGGGCGGGCCCCAAAACCUGGAGAAGACACCCCGGGGUAGCGGCAGCCCUCCCCCGCCACCACGGGAGGCCUCGCUGGCAGUGCGCGGGCUGCUGCAGGAGCUGGCCUCCAUCCGCCACUUCCUGGAGAAGCGGGAUGAGAUCCGAGAGGUGGCCCGGGACUGGCUGCGCGUGGGCUCCGUACUGGACAAGCUGCUCUUCCGCAUCUACCUGCUGGCGGUGCUGGCCUACACCAUCACCCUGGUCUCACUCUGGUCCAUCUGGCAGUACUCCUGAGCGGGUGUGCCCAGCAGGGGAGCGGGGAUGGAGGUGAUAAGGGUGAGGCUGGAGGAUUUCACCCUUCAGGGCCCCUGGGAUGUCAGGGACAUUCCAGAGACACAGACCCCAUUGUACCCCCCAACCCCGCUUCUAAUGUCAGUUCCCCUCAGCAACCUGAAGCUUCCUCCAAAACUUGUUGAUCAAGAUUCUUACUUUGUCCUCCCCUUCAUCUACCUACCAUGGCUUUAAAACACACUACCUUAGACUGGGAGAACCCAGCAUCCUCCGCCUUCACUCUACCCAUCUAUACAUCAGGCCUCAGUUUCCCCAUAAGCACUUUCCUGAAUUAGGCUCUUUGGAAUCCUGUUCCUCUUCCCCAAACUUGUCUUUAGGUUAAAGGCAAAACCAACACAGGUCUGAUAUCCCUGUAGUAGGCUUAUCCAAACCCUAGAGUCUCUCCUUUGCUUCACCUAUGCACACAUCCCUGGACAUUCAUCCUCCGUCCGAUGGUGAGGGUGGCAUGGGGUAGUAAAAUGAGAUGAAGGGGUUGGUGCUGUGGCAUAGCAGGUAAAGCCACUGCCUGCAGUGUCAGCAUCCCAUAUGGGCAUCGGUUUGAGUCCCGGCUGCUCCACUUCUGAUCCAGCUCUCUGCUAUGGCCUGGGAAAGUAGUGGAAAAUGGCCCAAGUGCUUGGGCCCUGGCACCCAUGUAGGAGACCUGGAGGAAGCUCUUGGCUCCUGGCUUCGGAUCAGAGCAGCUCCAGCUGUUAUGGCCAAUUGGGGAGUGAACCAGUGGACGGAAGACCUCUCUCUCUCCCUCUCUGCCUCUCCUUCUCUUUCUGUGUAAAUCUGCCUUUCAAAUAAAAAAAUAAAUCUUUAAAAAAAUGCAAUGAAGCCGAAAACUCUCUUCUUGACCAUUUAUCAGCAGCUUUGGGAAAAGUUUAGAUGGGUGGAAGAAGAGGUUGAAAGUUACCGGCAGACAGAAGAUUUGAGAAUUACCCCCCAUUUCAGUCAUUGGAUGCUUUCUGGUUCAAGGAACUGGGAGGUGAAAUGGUAGCUGUACCAAAGAAACAGUAGAAGAUGGGGUGUGAGGGUCAGCACCGUAAGCACUUACCAUGGAAAGGGAGGGGGCGCUCAGUGCUGCCACCAUUCUGGGCUCAGGUCUCU